AUAAGCGCCGCGCAGGCAUCGCCGUUCGCAGACCACAUCAUCCAUCCAUCCAUAGCUCAUCAGCAGAGCAGCUCGCUUCCUCUGCAGCAGCAAUGGAGGAGCAGAUCCUCUGGCUCUGUGCCUGUGCCAUCCUCUUCCUCGUAGCCUCAUCACUCCUCCUCUCGCUUCUUCAUGCCGGCCACAAGAGGAACCCCAAGCUCCCUCCCGGCCCACCGGCGCUGCUCUUCCUCGCCAAGUUCUUGGCGCUCCGCCGCUCCAUCUUCGACCUCGGCCCGCUCCUCCUCGACAUGCACGCGCGCUACGGCCCCGUCAUCUCCCUCCGCCUCGCCCGCACGCUCGUCUUCGUCGCCGACCGCCGCCUCGCGCACCGCGCCCUCGUCCAGGGCGGCGCAACCUUCGCCGACCGCCCGCCGCCCAUCGAACCAAACAGCUUGUUCACCGCCGGCGGCCGCGACAUCAGCUCCUCGCCCUACGGGGCCUACUGGCGCCUCGUGCGGCGCAACCUCGCCGGCGAGGCGCUGCAGCCGGCCCGCGUCGCCCUCUUCGCGCCCGCCAGGCGCUGGGCGUGCGACGGCCUCGCCGCCAGCCUCCGCGCGCGCGCCGCCGGCGAGGACAUCAUCACGCUGAGGCCGUUCCUCCGCCGCGCCAUGUUCGAGCUGCUGGUGUACAUGUGCUUCGGCGCGCGGCUCGGCCAGGACGCGCUCGACGAGAUCGAGGGGCUCCAGCACCGGGCGCUCCUCUCCGUCACCAGCUUCCCGGUCUUCGCCUUCUUCCCGGCGCUCACCAAGAGGCUCUUCCGCAAGCGGUGGGAGGAGAACGUCGCCGCUCGCCGGAGGCAGGACGAGGUGUUCGUGCCUCUCAUCCACGCGACGCGGAGCGGGGAUGACCCGCCGUGCUACGCCGAGUCCCUCCGCGCGCUGCGCGUGCCGGAGGAUGAAGCCGACGGCGACCGGCCGCUCACGGACGCCGAGAUGGUCAGCCUCUGCUCCGAGUUCCUCAACGGCGGCACGGACACUACGGUGACCCUGGUGGAGUGGAUCAUGGCCGAGCUGGUGAACCACCCCGACGUCCAGGCCAAGGUGCACCAGGAGGUGAGGGACAGACCAGAGCUCAGCGACGGCGGGGACACCCGGGCCAUGCCGUACCUCAAGGCCGUGGUGCUGGAGGGCCUCCGGCUGCACCCGCCGGGCCACUUCGUGCUCCCGCACGGCGUGCAGAGCGACGCCGCGGAGAUCGGCGGCUACACGGUGCCCAGGGGCGCGGAGGUGAACUUCCUGGUGGCGGAGAUGGGGCGCGACGAGACGGUGUGGACGGCGGCGAGGGAGUUCCGGCCGGAGCGGUUCCUGGACGGCGGCGAGGGCUGCGGCGUGGACAUCACCGGGCGCAGGGAGAUCAAGAUGAUGCCUUUCGGCGCCGGGCGGCGGAUGUGCCCCGGUUACGCGGUGGGCAUCCACCACGCCGAGUACUUCGUGGCGAGGAUGGUGCGGGAGCUGGAGUGGCGACCGGCGGCGGACGGCGUGGCGGCGGACAUGGCGGAGGCGCUGGAAUUCACCACCGUGAUGAAGCACCCACUCCGUGCACGCAUCACCGCCAGAAAUCCAAAUACCUAGCCUAUCUUAGGAAUAAACUCGCCAUAGUCAUGGACUAGCACGUCCCGAGGAUCGUCGUGGAGGAUCCAUAUGAUACGGAAUCAUAUCAGUGACUCAAUGUCACGGAGAAUAUCACCGGAAUCUCAAUCCCUCCGUGAGCGUCCAGUCUGUUUGGUUGAAGCUUUGUUUUUGCUGGACGCAGUCCGAAAAGCAAGGAAAAGGUUUCAGUUUCCACA